AUGUCAAAAAAAAUUAGAUUUAUUUUAACAGUUAAGUCAGGUGAUACCAAUGAAUAUAUAUGCCCAUAUAAAUUUGUUGAUAAAUUAAAGAUGGGAAGGAUAAAGAUGGAGAAUAUAUUGAUAAUGGAAAUUUUUGUUUUGAUUAUGAUGUUCUUAAUAAAAAUGUGUGUGUUAAAGCAUAUUAGAGAUUUGUAUAAUAUAAUGAAAAAAGAAGAUAAUAAUAUUUAUAGAGAAGAAUUUUCAUUACUAUCAAUAGUUUUAAUAAAUAUAUUAUUUGAAUGUUAUUUUUACAUGUAUUAAAAUGGUGAUCUAGUUAAAAAAAGUAUUAAAGAGUAAAUAUUAUACAAAAUCCCAUUCGUAAAAUAACUAGAUGAAAUUUUAACAGUAACAUAUGAUAAUCGAAUACUGUUACUACAUUUAAAUAAAUUAUGUAAAAUUUAUCCAAGAGGUGAUUAUUAUGUUGAUUUGAUAUACCUAUCAAAUUAUGUAGCUAAAUCUGAUAGUUGUUUUAAUAGAGUUUAUAAAAUUAAAGACAAUCAGUUCUGAUAAUGAAAAGGAAGAACCUAUUAAUAAGUGAAUAUAGGAAGUAAAAAUUUAAAGAUGUUAACAUUAAUAUACUUUUUAAAAAAAGACAUUAUUACAUAUGGAGAUGAAAGAUAUAAAUUUGCUGAAAUAUUUAUAAUAAACAAAAAGGUUUCCUUUACUUGUAUAUGUAUAUCAAAUGUUAAAUUAAUUAAUUUAAUGAUAAAUGUUUACUUUAAUUAUAUUUUAAAAAAGUCUGCAAAUAAUAAUAGAAUUCAUAUUAGUACUUUAAUCCAUCUAAAGUACUAUUAUAAAAGAAACUCAUGUAAGUGA